UAGAGACAGUUAAGACUAGUAGAGUCAUAUACCAUGGUAGAGUCUAGACUUGAGAAGUGUUGACUAGAGAAAGAGAUAUUAUUCAUAUUCUAGGCAUAAAGUUCUCUCUUUAAUAAUGGAAAGGAAAAUCAAACUACGUUCUUUGAAUAGCCACAUAAUCUGCAAAAUUUGUGGUGGUUAUCUCAUCGAUGCAACCACCGUCACCGAAUGUCUACAUACCUUUUGUAAAAGUUGCUUGGUUAAGCACCUUGAAGAAAACAAUACAUGCCCUUCCUGCAAUAUCAUGAUUCAUCAGUCCCAUCCACUUCAAUACAUCAGUUUUGAUCGGACCAUGCAAGACAUCGUUUACAAACUUGUCCCUGAUCUACAAGAUAAUGAAACCAAAAGAGAGAAAGACUUCUACUUCAACUGUGGAAUCAUUUGUCCAAAGGACAUGCUGACAAAUAAUGAACAUGUUGGUACCAACAAAGUCACAGAGGAUGAUGUGAAUGAUGCAGACUUGCACCGUCUUGAUGAACAGGUGAGCAUAUGUUUGGAAUGUGGAGCACAACAGUUGUCACAAUUACAACGAAGGUUUCUAAGAUGCUCAUCACAGGCCACUGUUACACACUUAAAGAAAUUUAUUGCCUUGAAACUUCUUGAUAGUAUUGAUGCUUAUCGAGAUGUUGAUAUUCUUUGUAAUGAUGAGUUGCUGGGAAAGGACCACACUUUGAAAUUUGUGAUUUUGACAAGAUGGAGAUUUAAAGAAGCUCCACUCAAGCUAGUGUACAGACCACGUGUGGAUUUGAUGUAAAAUUGAAUUGAUUCAUUUGUAAUAACUGAUCUCACCUGAGAAUCAAAUGACUGCUUUUGUUUCAUCAACUCCUUACCCUUGUAUUCUUAUAAAUGAUACUGUUGAUUGGAGUUUACAGUGACAUCAGUGUUACAGAAUCUAUUUUGUAAUUUCAAAAUGUUUUUCAGUGUCUUGGUUGAAUCUUGAAUGUUCAUUUUUUUUUUUUUUCAUUUCUUGGUGAAAAAUUGUAAGUAUGUACGUACAUAUAAAUGUGGUGAAUGUGAGGUUCAGGCUCAAUAAAGAAAUUAUCUCAGUUC